AUGAACUUGAACCUAUUGCUGUUCUUCUUUACGUUGCUUAGCUUGGCGGGGCUCGUCGAGAGUGCUCCCACAACAGCAUUUUACAGCGCUAAGAACGUUUUACAACGAUUUGCCAAGGACAUGUACCCGAAUGAGCCAGCUCAACAAGCCAAAGCGGUGGUUACACUCAGGUAUCUGUUCCGCAAUGAUGCUUGGAACGAAGUGGCGCACUGGCCGUACAUGGACGACUACCUGCGCACUGGAGGAUUUCAGCAAGGAUACAGCAGUGUGGACCAAGUGCUUGUGCAAAGUGCCUUAUCUCAUCUUCAGGGAGGGACGGUUUAUACACCCUUGGGUGCUAUGAGGCCUUCGCUGGAUGCACUCAUCGCGAAGAACUUCAGUAAAGCCAAGAACGUGUAUGGCUUCGACCAGCAUGAGCUUUUGAGGGAGACGAACCUUGGUCGUAAACCACCGACCUCAGGCGCCGGGUUGUUUGCGGGUGUUCCAAGGGCUCUGAGCUUGGAAGAUGCAGAGAGUCUGGUUGGCAAUGCAUGGAGGCGAGGCGGUAGUGGAGGAGUAGAUGAACAGCGCCGUAUCCGUGGCAACCAACCGUCACCGUGGGGAUAG